AGACACCAGAGGUUGGACAUCACUGAGCAGCAGCACAGAGACAGUGACUGGUUUAUUGUCAGGCAGAACUUCAAGAAAACUCCAGAACCAUGUCAAGAGAUAUUGACAGAAGCCAGGUGUUAAAAAACAUUCUGACUCUGAAUCCACUGAGGGAAGAUCACAGCUGGAUCCAGGGAGGGAAGAGGAACAAAGACCCGGAACCACAGAGAACAGAGGCUGCUGUGGCCAGGAAGCCCUCGCCGGUCAGACAGAAUUCCUACGUCCUCUCGGCAAUCAGGAAAUUUGAAUCAGCAGAUUCUUCACGCGACGCUCCCGUGGCACAGACAUCUGCAGGCAAUUCAACUAAUGCAGCAAAUAAAGUUUCUCCUCCUCCAGUAGAAGCGGAGCCCGAGGGCCCGACAGCUGCAGCCGACGCCGCUGAACAUCUUUCCCAAAAUGGUGACAAACGACCAGGAGAAGCUGUGGCUGAUACCGUCCAGCUGAACGGAGAACGCCCUGAAGGUGGCGCUGAAGUAUCAGCAGAUGUUCAUGGAGAAGGUUGUGACCAAAACGGUGAUGCAGACAAUUCUGAAUCCCACCUGCCAGCUGAGAAUGGACCAGGAACCUCUGCAGAGGAAAGUCCUGAGACAUCUUCUCCAGAACCAGGAACAGAAGAACUGAAGUCAGAGGAAGUGCUGGAGUUCUCACCUGAAGUGACGUCAGAAGUUCCACAGGAACCCGUUCUCGACACUGUGCUGGAGGCACCGCCUCAGUUCGCCGGUGACGUCACCACCACGUCUGUGGAGGUCGGACAUCCGACAGAUGAAGUCCUGAAGACCACAGUGGAGGAAUCGGUCGACAGUUCAAACUUCCAGCCUGAUGAUGUCGCUGUGGAGCAAAGUGUCGAGUCAGAACCGAGCAGUGUCGUCAUCAGGGAGUUAAACAUCUACGACGCGUUUGACUCUGACACUGUCGACCAAUCUGAUCGACCUGCCGAACUCGACGAUGUGCUGGGCUCGGACCGCCCUGCAGGGGGCGCUGUUCCCGAGACUGUGACAGGGCUGGAACAAUCCCAGACAGAGGAGACCAGUGAGGUAAUCCCAGUCAGAGGAGACCGCACUGAUGAGUUACAAAAACGCUGGGAGGAUCUUCAAAAGCUCAGCAACCACAGAGAUGUUUGUUCGUUCUGUGAUCGAACCUUCGAUGGUCCUGUGAAGCUCACACUCAGCCAACCCGCCCUGACCUGUCACCCUGAAUGCCUGAAGUGCGGGGCGUGUUCCACGGUGCUGGGAGAACUCCUCCUCCCCAUGUUCCUGCACGGUCAGGUGAUCCACUGUGAAGGCUGCUUCUUCCAGGCUGUUUUAACCUGA